AUGGAGCAAAUGGAGCUAGAGCUGGCGGAACACAAAACGGAAGGAGUUUUAAUCACUAGCAAGAAGACCGUGGAGACAGUGACUUUGAAAGUCGGAGAACAUGGAAUUGUCACUCAGUCAUCUAUACGAUACCUGGGGGUGCUGAUUGACUCACGUUUGAAUUUUAAAGCGCAAGUUGAGAAUGCGAGUACCAAGGCUGCUUCAGUCGGAAAGACGCUAUCAUGGCUUAUGCCCAACGUUGGAGGACCGAAACAGAAGAAGAGAGCACUGCUAGCGUCGGUGACUACAUCGGUAAUGAUAUACGGAAUUGCCAUCUGGGCGGAUGCACUUGCGACCCGGAGCAUGUGCAGGAAAGUGACGUCUGUAUACCGGCUAAGCGCCCUACGAGUGGCAAGUGCCUUUCGCACAGUGUCAAAAGAGGCGGCCGAAGUUAUCUCGGGACUUUUGCCAGUUGAGAUACUAGCGCAGGAACGGAAACAGGUCUUUCAACAACGAAAAGCCUUAAACAGUGCAGAAAAAAGACAAAAAGAAGAGCAGCUAAAAACGGAAGAACGAAAAAGGAGCCUAGAAUGA